AUGGGUGGGUGUGUGUAUGGGUGUUUGUGUAUCUGUCCAGACAGAGUGCAGUGGAAUAGCAGGAGUUGGUUUUCGGGGGAAGACAGCGCGACUGAUCCAUUGCAACAGAGAUUCUCUGACAACCGAAAGAGCAGCAACUUCAAGGAGCGUAACACAUUGUGAAUAAAUUGAGAGUUUGCAUCUGAGGGAACGAGAGGAUUGAAGACAGAGACUUAGAAAGUCAAGGAGGGAGAGAGAAAGACUUUCGUUGUUCUUCUCUGCUCCACUUACCCUGACCCUUCUCCCUCUUCCUCACUCCCCCUCCCCCCCUGUCCUCGUCUCACCUGAGAUGGACCGGCUGCUGGCCCUGGUCUACCUGGUCUACCUGGUGUACCUGUCGACUGCAGUGAUUGGCUCAGAGAAGAAGAAGCACCGGGUGCAGCAUGGACCCUGCAGUUACACCUUCAUUCUCCCCGAGGUGGAACACUGCCAGCCCCUCAAAGACUUCCAGGUCACCAACUCCCUCCAGAGGGACUCCCCACCACCGCCAUCCCCAGACCCAGGAUCGAGUCACCCUGAGCAGGACAAAGCCCAGCCCGCUAGGUCCUCAUGGCAGGAGAGGAAGAUGGAGAGACUGGAGAGCUCCACAGAGAAUAAUACACAAUGGUUGCAGAAGCUGGAGAGGUCCAUCCAGGAGAACCUGCGUUCUGGGAUGGAGGAGAUGAAGACAAACGCUGUUCACACCCAGACGGCGGCCAUGUUGGAGAUCGGGACUAAACUCUUCAGCCAAUCAGCCGAGCAGACCCGCAAAUUGACAGAUGUGGAGACCCAGGUGCUGAACCAGACCAGUAGAAUGGAGAUUCAGCUGUUAGAGUAUUCUCUGUUCACUAACCGUCUAGAGAAACACGUCCUCCAGCAGAAUCAGGAGAUCUCACGACUCAACGAUAAAAGCAGUUUGAUAGAGCAGAGGUUCUCAGCUUUAGAGGCCAGGCACGUUGAGGAGCUCCAGGGUCUUCAGAGGGAGAGACAGCAGCUGCAGGACAUGCUGGAGAGACAGAGGCGCCUGGUCACCCAGCUACAUGGAGAGCUGGGGACCUCCACACACACCAGCACACGACUGCAGAAACAGCAGGGUAUACUGACUGACACAGUGGAGCAGCUGCUCGCCAUGGUCACCCACUGCAACGGUGAGAGAGAUCUACUGCGAAUGUGUUUGUGCAUUGAAAGUGUUUAUUUAAAAUCUUUGCAUACGACCCCGAACUCUACCCGCACAGUGAAGGUGUUCUGUGAUAUGAAGACGAGAGGUGGAGGCUGGACCGUGCUGCAGCAUCGUAGAGAUGGAGCCUUGGAUUUCCACCGUGGAUGGAGGGAUUACCAGAUGGGUUUCGGGGAUCCCUCUGGAGAGUACUGGGCAGGAAAUGACCUCAUCCAUCUGCUGACCAGCUCCCAGGAGUACAGUCUCCAGGUGCAGCUGAAGGAUGACGAGGGGAACGAGGCCUACUCCCACUACGAUCACUUCUAUAUAGACGCAGAGGACAAAAACUACAGGUACCAGC